AUGGCAAUGACAAGGUCUGUCCUCCGUUUUGGACUCAUUUUGGUCUUCUUCGUGUUGCAGCGUGGCGUUUUUGGACACGUGAUCUGUCCAGGAUGUCUGGCACCUUUUGUGCAGCUUGGUGGUCGAUGCUACUUCUUCUCCUAUAUGCAGAAAUCGUGGUCACAUGCACAAGCCUAUUGCAGGAGCAAAUCUUCACAUUUGGCAAGAAUAACUUCCCAGCAUGAGAAUAACAUGAUUGUCUCCUACGUACGAACUUAUUUUCCUGCCGACUUCAACUGGUGGCUGGGUGGCAAUGACAUGGCACAGGAGGGCAGGUGGGUGUGGGUGGAUACUAACAAGGUUAUGACGUAUACUAACUGGAAUCCAGAAGAACCUAACAACAUCAAAGGAAUCGAGCACUGCUUGGAAUUGCGGUCAGACUAUACACAUAAAUGGAAUGAUGCACCGUGUGGGAAGGCAAAGAGUUUCAUAUGUGAAAAGUAGCAAAGGUGGCCAUUUCCCUGAACUACCAAGUAGUUGAAGAUAAUCAAUUUCGUGAAAUUGAAAUAUUUCAUUAAACAGACAACUGGAGGCUUUAUUUGGAUACAUCUGGUUGCAUUUUCAUCUAGCUGAUAUAUGGAAUGUGCAACUUCUCUAUACUGCAAAAGUCAUUUGAUUGUUUCCUUUAUUACUAUGUGGACUUAUUUUAUAUCUUCUGUCAUUUCUCGUUUUGUUAGUAGGCCUACUGGUUGCAUGAGUGAGUACUAUUUUGUGCAUUUAAGAAAGCAUUCCUGUCUUUAAUUCGA